AUGGAGGUUCCACCCCGAGCAGAUGGAAUAGCACUGUGCAGUGCUUUCGUGUUUGAAGCUGUAUUAAUUGUGGCGGGAAACUUGCUCACAAUCGCUUUUUUCGCAAUGAAAAAGAAGCUUCGCAAGAAAAGUUUGCCUCUAGUUAUAAACAUGGCGUUUGCUGAUGUCAUGUUAGGAGCGGUGUCUUUACCUUUGUAUAUAUACUUAUGGGUAGGACCGCACUUUAAUCUGUGGUCUUUUAGAGCAUCUUUGGAACUUUCGUUCUUUAUCUGUGAUACCAUUUUCUCGCAAGCCUCGUUAAUUUCUGCAGUUUUUGUAUAUCCUGUGAAAGAUUUUUCGCAAUCUUUUGGCCACUGA